UAGUUUCACAUUUGACAGAUGAUGGCAAACAAAACUCUGCAGUUUGCUCCAUUCAACAGUUUCCUUGAUGCUGGAUUUUGGCAUAACCUCUCGGACAAAAAAUUGAAUAUUUAUGGACUCGACGAAACGCCGAAACCUAUACAUGGAUUUUAUUUCAAUGGUGAUCCUGUUGGUGUCCCAUGUCGUAUGAAUGUGGAAUAUACGGCAUUUGAUGAGGAUUUUAAAACUCCUGCAAGAUGCUUCAAGACCUUAGGAACUCUACAUACUACGAACACAAUUGAAACUUUCAAAGAAUGUGAUAAAAAGAGUAUGUUGGUGCAAUCUGGCAAACAGGUAUGGGAAGACAUCAUCAGUGGGAAAGCUUUGGAAGAUCCCACUCUGUUGUCACGGUUUCUACUCCUCACACAUGCAGACCUGAAGAAAUAUAUCUACUAUUACUGGUUUGCUUUUCCGUGCCUGUGUCCACCAUGUGAUGUCUCCAUGGUAACUGCCCCAGUGACCUUGGACAAAGCAUUUUCUUCAGAACAGAUCAAAAACCUGGAAUCCUCUUAUGACAAUUUUCAGUCAUCACUUUCCACAUUUGUUGGGUACUUUCUAGUUACCAUGGACACAGAUAUUCAAGUUCUAAAGAUAAAAAAUAUGGAAAAAUAUAUAGCUGAUCCGAAAAAGGUGUUAUUAGCCUUUGCUGACCCUUGUACUUUGGGCUGGGAGGAUCUUAUAGCCCUGGCUGAAGCUUUAACACACUUUGUACAUGUGAUUGCAUACACUGUAAAUGACUUUAAACAGUCUUCAACAGGAAAGCUUUACUCAUUUCACUGUAUGUUACAAAUUUUCAGGGGAGAUAAACUAGAAGAAGUCCAGGUGUUAUGCUUUCGAGACCACUGUAAAGAUGGUGUAAGAGAUGUAACAAGAAGCCUUGUGUUUACCGUCAAGCUCACAUCAAUCAAGCAAUUGACAGAAUGUCCAAAAUGUGUUGGGUGGGAGAAAAAUGAACGACAAAAACUUGGACCCAGGACUGUGAAUCUAAGCUCCAGCAUGGACCCAUCUAAGUUGUCGGAGUCAGCAGUUGACCUCAACCUGAAGCUGAUGAGAUGGAGGCUAUUACCAGAGCUUGACCUAGAUCAAAUCUCAAGAACAAAAUGUCUUCUGCUUGGGGCUGGUACUCUAGGAUGCAAUGUAGCAAGAUGUUUGAUGGGAUGGGGAGUAAGGAAGAUAACUCUUGUUGACAAUGGUAAGGUGUCCUACUCAAAUCCAGUCCGACAGAGCCUGUUUUUGUUUGAGGACUGCAUGCAAGGAGGUCGACCAAAAGCCGAAGCAGCAGCACUGUCAUUGCAGAAAAUAUUUCCUGGAAUAGAUGCACAAGGAAUAGCUAUGUCAAUUCCUAUGCCAGGUCAUCCAGUAUCAGGUGGAUCAUUACAAGGUACUAAGAAGGAUGUACAACAGCUUGAAGACCUCAUCAAAUCUCACGAUGCUGUAUUCCUCCUUCUAGACACCCGAGAAAGCAGAUGGCUACCAACAGUCAUGGCUGCUGCUCAUAAGAAGAUAGUUAUUUGUGCUGCAUUAGGAUUUGACACCUUCUUGGUGAUGAGACAUGGUGUGAAGUCAGAUACCGAGACAGACACGUCUGUGUUAGAACCUCUCUCUAGUUAUACAACCAUUCCUGGGGACCAGCUUGGAUGUUACUUCUGUAAUGACGUUGUUGCUCCUGGAAACAGUACAAGAGAUCGAACUUUGGAUCAACAAUGCACUGUCUCCCGUCCAGGAAUGUCUUUCCUAGCAAGUGCACUAGCUGUGGAACUACUUGUCUCAUUAAUACAGCAUCCUAAGUGUGGAAAAGCUGAGGCAGAUACAAGUGCUAAAGAUGACCACCUAACUAAGGAUCUUCCUUGUUCUCUUGGAUUAGUACCUCAUCAGAUUCGCUGCUUUUUAUCAAGAUAUCACCAGGUCCUACCAGCUUGUAGAGCAUUUGACAAAUGUACUGCCUGCUCCAAUACGGUGGUGAAUGCUUUCAAGAAGGAAGGUGUGGAAUUUCUCCUUAGGGUAUUUAAUGAGCCGAGCAGUUACCUGGAGGACUUGACUGGUCUCACACAGAUGCACUUGGAGACACUCGAUACAGAGAUCCUGGAUUUCAGUGAUGAAGAUGACAGUUUUAUGGACAUGUCUUGAUUGCUCUCACAAGACAGUACUCAACCAAUCAAUAAAGACUUUAGAUCAACCUAUCAAAAGAGGUGUUGCAUCUCUGAGAGGAGCGGACCAAUCAAAAGAGAUGUUACAUCAAUAGGAAAACCUAUCAAUGAAGGAGUCACAUCUAUGGAAGGUCCAUUCAGUGGCAGUGUCAUAUCUGGGAGAUAUCUAUGGGAGGACAAAUAGAUGGAGGUGUUACAUCUAUCAUAGAGCCAUAUAACUGAACAGUUUGAUACUCAUAUUGAUGACGAUGCUAUCCAAAUAUCACAUGAAUUACCAAGAUUAAAAAUACUUUGAGAAGUAAA